GCCGUCAUCGACAACGCGGCAGCGUGGAGCGAGCACGCCGUCCGUCGAUCCACUACGAAAGACAUUGCCCGCACGCAGCGGGGUAUCGACAGCAGCCGCACGCAUCAGCGGAGUCGCGGCAGCGCCCGCCCGCAACAGCGUUGGGCGAUCGAAUAUGCCCAACCCCGCACCCACGCCCGAUGAUGAAUUGAGAGGCGAUCCCGCUUGCAGACCGGUGGUGCGUCUGCAGCCUACGGUGGAGAACAUAACAGAGGGAGUGUCGAACAUGAGGGCACACAGCGAUGGUGUCGACGAGAAUGGCGGUGCUGGCGACGAUGCCGACGAUGGAUACAGGGAGGACGUCGAAGCCGUUGACGACGACGGCGAUGCGCCUAUCCGGCCUUUGGGGAAGGACAUGCACCUUGUCGGCCUUGGGCACAACUACGGUCGGAUGCGAACGAAAGAAUGGAAGUGGGAGGACAUUGCGAAACGGAUGGCGAACGCGGGCUGUCCUAGAGAGGCCGAUGACUGCAUGAAGAAGUGGGACAAUCUAUUCCAGAAGUACAAGAAGAUACAAAGGUUCCAGAAUGCCAGCGGCGAGGCAGAUUUCUUCAGGCUGUCAAAUGAAGAGAGGAAGGACCACAAUUUCAAGUUUCGGAUGGAGAGAGCGCUCUACAACGAGAUCCAUGGAGGCAUGUUGGGAAACCACACCAUUUUCCCUCCCAACAUCGCAGACACAGGUAAUCCGGACGGCGAGCAGUUGCCGAGACGAGGAGCAGGCGGCGGGGAGUCUGUCGGUAGUGAGGCGGCCAGUGAUAGGUGGGCGGAAGAACGUUCUUCGCCGAGGGAGUCCGACAACAAUGUAGGCAAUGGGGCCCGAAGCAUGAAGCGGAAGAACACGCGACAGCAGGCGCUGGAGUCCAUCGCCGACGUCAUGGAUCGGCACGGCGCGCUGAUGUCCUCGACGAUGGAGUUCUCCAGCAAGCGACAAUGCAGCGUUUUGACGAGGCAGUGUGACAUCCUGGAGCAGGAAGUUGCAGUUCAAAAAGAGCACUACGCAGCAUCCGAUGAAACAAGCUACGCUGUAGUUAAGGCCUGCUGGUGCACGCCGCCUGCUUUGUGCGCGUCGUCGUCAUCAGAGAACUCUUCGCCAUCGCCACGGGCCGUCGUUUUUCGGAAGCGGCACAACCGUCUGUGCUCUCGUCCACCGCGCCUUCAAUCGUCGGUUGUCGUUGUUGAGUCGCGUUCGUCUUUUCGCAUCAAGCAGCCUGCGCUUCGAUCCACCACGUGGACAUCGACCGUGAAGUUCAUUAACUCGUAUCCAUCCCUGUGCCCUUGUGCGGCAAUCGACGGGCGGCGCCACAUCUUCCCGCUUCAGCUUUCACGGUGGCAGAUAAUGGCUCCGAGGCGAGGAGGCGGAGGUCAAGCUCGUGGCAAAAAACGUGAUGCAGUCACUGAACGGACGGCGGGCGGUUCAGGUGGGGGACGUCACACGACGAGGACGAAACGAUCACGUCAGGACGCGAGUUCUGUCAGUGGCGCGCACUUGGACGGCGACGGUUGGGGAAGACCAAAUGACGGCGAAGGCGAGAACGAGACGGGAUACGCCGCUAUGGAGGAGGUGGCGCGAAUGGAGCACGACCAGAUCACACAUGUUACGACGCCGCAAGGGAGACAUCGCGAGGAUGCAGGAACCGGGACAUUUGCGGCGACGCCACGUGUGCAAAAAGCACUCGGCGAACGAGGAUCUGGCGGUGCGGUGACGCCACGUGUACAACAAGCAGUCGGCGAUUGAGGAUCUGCUGGUGUAGGAGAUGCGGCCAUGCUUGGAGAUCAGGCGCAGGUUCGCGGCGCCGCUGCG